CCUGUAAGCGAUAAACGACUCGUCGCAGCAGCGAGCCGCGCGGCGCAGCAUGAAGCGGGGAGCCGGCAAGAUGGCGCCACCCGUCAGUGCGGUUGCCGUGACGACCGCUGCCGGCAGUAAAGCGGCGGCGUCGGGAAGCAGCGCGACGCGGUUUGCUACGCCGGUGGGGCCCUCUAAGCGUGCCACCGCCAGCAAGAUUGCCGUGUCGACCACGCCGACGAGACCCGAGAGGAAGGUGUCGGAAUCUAGACGGCCCGUCGGCGACACAAGGGGCGACAGAUUCGCGCGCCCGGAGGCGCCAUCUAGGAGGCAGGCGGUCGUGCGUCGCCAGUACCUGUCGCGCAGCCAGGACAGCCUGACGACGGUUGCCGGGGGACGCAAGCCGGCAACGCCGUGGGCGACGCGUCCAAAGUCCGUGCUCGUACUGUCGAAGGAGGCGGCGGAGGGGAGGGGAGCGAGCAACAAGGAGAACCAGAAGGGAGGGUCGGGCACCGGGGGGUCGUCGCGGAGCCGGGGGUCACGACCCCCGAUCAGCAUACGCAAGGCGGUGAGCAGCGUCGCCAUCAACCACGACAUGUCGACGAAGGAGUUCAAGCCGCAGAUGCGUUAG